GAGCUUCUCCCAUUGGCUGACUGGAGCCAGUAGGCGGAGAACCAACCCUCCAGAACUCAGCUUGCAUCUCACCGGCUGUGGAGAGGUGAUUUCGUCCUUAACAAGUAGUCUAACGUCUACAAGUCUGCGACUUUCUAAUAUGCCAGAUACGUCGAGGAAGAGUUAAAUAAGUGUGAUGGCGAUUCGGCACCAUUAGACACCCCAUGCACCCAUUAUACGGCGAAGGACACGGUUACUACCGCUACGGCGGAUAUGGGGGUAUGGGUGUGAACAGUAUACACGCACCCAACGCGGUGUCGGGCUACAACUCGCCCAGAUCUUCGACCGGUAACGGGAUGGUUCGGCCCGCACCCUACGGACCUUCGUACGCCACUCAGGCCAGCCAGCAAGUAGCAGGCAAGGAGAUGGUCAAGCCGCCAUAUUCCUACAUAGCAUUGAUAGCCAUGGCAAUCCAGAAUGCGCCGGACAAGAAGAUAACCCUGAAUGGAAUCUAUCAAUACAUUAUGGAUCGCUUCCCGUAUUAUCGGGAGAACAAACAGGGAUGGCAAAACUCCAUACGUCACAACCUGAGCUUGAACGAGUGCUUCGUUAAAAUACCACGAGACGAUAAGAAACCCGGUAAAGGAUCGUUCUGGACUCUAGAUCCCGAUAGCGAUAACAUGUUCGAUAAUGGAAGCUACCUGAGACGAAGGAGGAGAUUCAAGAAGAAGGAUGCCGGCAAAGAUAAAGAAGAGAAGAAAAAACAGGUAGAGAACGCGAGUCAGAAAGUUAACGAGGACGAACUCGAUAGUUUAAGCGAAGCAAGGAAUAAUGAAGGAGUAGGCCAAGGUUCCGUGCAGUGUACGGUAGCACCCAAAGUGGAGCCUAGAGAAACUUCUGCAAUUACGUCUUGUUUAAAACAAGAAUAUCCUUACGACAACAAGACGAGUCCGACAGCUGCAUCCCUGGCUCCAUCCGUCACAUCUCCUGUUCCUUCCACUUCCACCACAAUAUUGAACGGUGACGCCAUAGAGUCGAACGCGUACGCCAUCGACUCUUUAAUGUCCGGUAGAAGCCAAUCGCCUAAUCUUUCGACGGUCCUACUCGACGUCACCUCCAUGGGACAGUGCGGGGUCAACAACGGUUACAACGCUAGACACUCCAUGUACACUUGCCAGCCCACUUGCACCACGACCUGUACCACGUACCCCACUCCACCCUCGCCCGUGGGUUACAGCAACGGGAGGACCGUCACCCUGGACGACGUGUCUUCUUCCUAUCUGGGGUGUUCCAUCGUGGGGCUGACGUCUUCGUCGGGGCACAAUUAUGUUACGAAUCGGACGGCGCAAAACUCGUCUACCACCAAUACUUGGUACACCCUUCCGGCCGAAACUGUGGGGGGCGAGGCUACCUAUAGGGAAAUGUACGAUCCCCAACGACUUCUCAACUCGUCCCCCGUCGGUACGUCCAACCCGAACUGUCAACUAAACUAUGGAGGAACGUAUCAGUUCAGGACAACUACAGCAUACGGUAGUUACGACUGUGCAAGAUACUGAUACUUAAAGACAUGUUUAUGUGAGUGUAAAUACAUUUUAAACACAGAGUUUUAGAGAAAAAAAUAUAUAACGUGUCUUUGUGUUCGACGUUACGUCACGAAAUCCUGACAGAAUUUGGACAACAUGGUAAAUUACUUUCACUUUUUUUUUCCUGUUGAUUGUAUCGAGAAUGUCUCAUUAUCUAUUUUCAGUUAAGUGUGACAAACACCAAUUUUGCCAUUAAACUAAAUAAUUAGAUUGCUUGACUCCAGUAACAAUUGUUUCAAAAUCUACAUAUCAUAUCACACAAUAUUUAAAAUAUAUAUAUUUAAAUGGGGAGCAACCCGUGAUAGUUCGGCUUUAUGUAUAAGCACUAAGUUAUUAAGGAGAAACUUUACGUGUUUGGAGGAAUUUUAGCAACUAGAUAAUCUGUCACACAGUCACUGUGUUACUCAUCACGUCUUUCGAUCGCACUUCUGCUUAGUAUAUACAGUUUUUACUUCUUGGGGAGUUAGCAAUAUCAGCAAAUGUUAAUUUUGAAUUGGCAUUGGAUGUAUGCCAAAGGAGGUUUGCAUUCGAUCUAAAUUCUGUUCAACAACUAUUUAUCUAUAUUAAAUCGUUGUUCUAGUUAUAAUAUUAAGCUGUAUUUUAUAUUCGACCAUUAAAUAAUUAUCUAGAAAUUAGUUUUGUAAGUGGCAAAAUUGAUUAUUAUCGUCGCCAUUCGGUAGGCCUAUAGUUAUAUCCUGUUUUUUUUUUUU